AUGGAAUUCCAUUUGAUUCUGAACUUGCACUUGACUGACGGUUACAGACCCCCUGAAUCAUUUGUGCCUGGAUUUCCAACUUCACAAAAAACUGACAUAUAUUUACUGGCUGUCAUUGUUUACUAUGUCGGCAAACAUCCAUUUGGCGAUGAAAGAGACUUAUGGAAUCAUUUCAUGAAAAACCACAAAAACUUGAACCUGGAUGGACUUUUAGUUCCAGAUGCAGAAAUUGCUAAAGAUUUACUGGAAUGGAUGCUGCAGUUUGUUCCUCGUAAACGUCCAAUGAUAAGCGAGGUUCUUUCUCAUCAAUAUAUGGCUCCAUCGAAUGUAAAAGGUUUACUGUUCCGGGAUCUACAGAAAGAACCUGCACAUGGCGGUUUUCGAACAAUUCUCCAUGAUGAACUUUUGCUUCCACAUUUUGAUAAUGGAACUUUCAAAUCAGAUUUGUCUAAAAAAACAAAGAAAAAGAUUCAUUCUUCACAAGUUGCAACAUCAUUAUCAAAGCUUGUUAAUAAUUUCCACUUUGCAAAAUAUCUUGAAGCAGAAAAAGAAAUCAGCAAUGCAGCUUUGACCUCAAAAGAUCGCCGGCUACUCACUGAUGAUAUCUGGUGGUUUAAAGAUAAACUUAUCUAUGAAGAAUUUAAUGUUACAGUUUAUGAAGGCCAACUGAAACCCCCGACUUCAGUUACAGAACAUUUAUCAAUAUGGCUGUGUAGUUCUUGGAAUGAAGACUUUCUUCAUAAAAUAGAAGUUUUUCGGCGACUUCCACCUCAUCCAAAUAUAAUCUCUGUAUUUGCUAGUGGUUGGUUAAAGGAAAUGAAUCGAUAUUUUAUUGCUACUGAAAGAUGCCAGAUCCAAACUCUCAGUAAAUAUUAUGAAGAGAGAAAACAAAACAAAAUUCAUUUUGAUCCUAGACUUGCUCUCGUACAUGCAAAACAGUUAGUUAGUGGUCUACAACAUCUGCAUAAACAUCAUAUUGCUCAUGGGGAAUUGAAAUCAGAUAUUCGGUUUUCACUUGACAUGCAAAAUGUGAAGAUUAGUUUUCAUACCCUUUAUACAAUAUUCUUUUCUUCAACAGUCAGCUUUGAAGAUGAUAUUUUUUUUGGGGUAGAAUCUUAUUUAAAUUAUGGUCUAAUAGACAUGAUAUAGUUGCAUUCGCGAUACAUCAUAUGAGAAAUAUUGAUCUCGCUGCUUUGUUAAUUCCUAACCCUCACUUGGCCCACGAUUUGCUCACAAGGAUGAGAAACGAAGAUAAAGAUCAACGGCCAACAAUUCAGCAGCUUGUUGAUCAUGAAUUCUGGAAAAGUAUCAACAUUUAGUUUUUUCUUCCUAUUUCUUUCGGCUUGUUGGUCAAUUCUACUGAUUAGCACUUAACCUACACUAAUUCAAAAAUGUCGUAAUUAUCUUUAUUAAAUUAUAAC